UGUUGACUAGGAAUGUAAAGGAAAAGAAAAUAAAAAAGUGAUGUGAUAAAACGAAAUUUUCAUUAGCACUAUCAAGAAAAUUUACAAAGGAGGAACUUUAAAAAAUAUAAAGAAACUAGCGUGGGAGAAUUUUUAAGUUUGUUCGAAAACCUCGAUACAGGGUUUUUAACACCCAUAUUAACUACAAUUUCCAAGGAGAGUACUCGUCACGCAGGGUGUGCUGUGCAGUUAAUUUAGCAAGUAAUCGUGCACGUCGGCCGUAUAUCAAUAAUUGUGUUUGAAUUACUUAAUAAAACAAAGCUGUCUAGUAUUAACAUAAAUGGACGGCAAUAAAGACGAAGCGCACCGCUGUAUUGACAUAGCUGUGCAAUCAUUUUCGGAAGGUAAAAUCGAGAAAGCCGAGAAGUUUUUACUAAAAGCCGAAAAAUUGUUUCCCACACAACGCGCUAAAGAGUUACUGGCUAAAGUGAAGUCUGGCACAACCACUGGUGCAGGGAAAACCAGCAAUAGUGCUAGUCUCAAUCACUCAGCGUCUGGGGAAAAUGCAGAUAAUGAUGGGCCACGUAAGCGUAAAAACUCUGACUCGCGUCAUGCGGAACCUGAGUAUUCAAAGGAUCAACUAGAUGCAGUGCGUAAAGUUAAAAGUUGCCGCAAUUACUACGAGAUUUUAAGUGUUUCUAAAGAAGCCACAGAUUCUGAAAUUAAAAAAUCCUAUAAAAAACUGGCAUUGCUUUUGCAUCCUGACAAAAAUAAAGCACCCGGGGCUUCAGAUGCGUUCAAAGCUGUUGGAAAUGCUGCGGCGGUACUCACGGACGCUGAAAAACGUAAACAAUAUGAUCUAUAUGGUAUAAAUGAGACGCACUCCAGUGGUCACGGUGUGCGCCGAGACACUUAUGAAUAUGCAUAUGCACGCGGUUUUCAGGCCGAAGUUAGUCCUGAAGAUCUUUUCAAUAUGUUCUUUGGUGGCGGUUUUGCUCAACAGAAUGUGUACAUGCGUCAACAACGACGUCGGCAACAACAUCGAGAUGAUGGCGAACAUCAAUCGAAUUCCUCGGCGUUGAUCAAUUUUUUGCCUAUAUUGCUAUUGAUUGGCCUAUCGAUGAUAUCCUCGUUCUUCAUAUCAGAUCCAAUUUACAGUUUAACGCCAUCACAUAAAUAUGCUGUAAAGCGCGAAACUAAUCGUUUGAAAGUACCGUACUACGUAAAGAAUAAUUUCCAUGCCGAGUAUCAAGGUUCAGUUGGGCGUUUGGAAGAAUCCGUGGAGGAGGACUUCAUAGAUCACCUUAAGUAUUCUUGCAGUCGUGAGCGCAACUACCGCGAUUCUAUGUUGGCAAAAGCUCGCUCCUUUGGCGAUCGCGAACUUUUCCGAAAGGCGCAAAAUAUAAAUAUGCCUUCGUGCGACAACUUACAAAAUUAUUUAAAUACGUAGUUGGUUUUAAGCACGUAAAUUUAUUUGUUGUCUUCGUUAUUGUUUCUAUUUCUAUUUACAUCAUAAUUUUAAACGCUUUGUAGAAAAACACAAAAACAAUUGAAAUACGUGCGUUGCUGCAUAAUCAGGGUUAGUGACAAGUAUACCAAUCCACGAGUAUAACGAUAUACAGGCAGGCAACUUCUGAGUAAUUCUGAUUGAAAUUUUCUAGCAAUUGCAUUGAGACCCGCUCGGUGAAUUGCAGGUCCUGCCCGAAUACAACAACAUGCAAACAUUUUAAAAAUGCGCGUACAAGUUAACGUCACGGUAUUUUUUGGAUUCUUAUAAAUAUUUAGCACGUACGUAUUUUAAUAAAUUUGAAUCAACAUAUACUACAUACAUAUAUAGUAUAACAAAAGUAUAAAGUCGCUACUAUGAUAUAUUUAACUUGGCAGGUCAGAUUGUGUUGGCAAUAAAUGCAAUAGUAAAAUAUAA